GUGACGCGGCGUGGCGGGGCGUGACGUCACCAUCUGGAGCAGUAUAAAAGGGGCGACGCGGGCAGAGGCGGUACAGGUCAGCCAAAGUGGUUGUGGCAGCAGCACCCCCUCGACUCCACCUCGUCUCUCCACCUCCAGCAACACCACCGCCAUGAAGUCUCUCGCAAUCCUUCUUGUCACCGUGGCCGCCGCAUCAGCGCUCCAGGUCUCAGCACCAGUGUCAGCCAGCUUCGGCGCCGGAACCCCGGGAGCAGCAGCAGGCGUGGGCGUAGGGCAGCCCGGCGCGGCGGCGGGAGGAGCAGCAGCUAACCCUGGCUUCGUCGACUACGGGCCUAAGGUGUACGGCAUGGGCGCCAAGAACCCCCUCGCCCUCCCCCCCAACCCCUUCGUCAUCCAGAGAGCCUUGGCCGUCGCUAACAGUGUUCCCAACGUGCUGGUGCGCCUCGACCUCAACGGAGAGAUCACCCUCACCAACCAGUUCGGCCAGGAGGUGGAUGUGGUCGACGCAUUCGGCCGCGAGAUCGAGUACGAAUUCUAAGGAGUGACUAAACCAAACCUCAACCACAUUAAAUUAACACGAAAACCUCUACAAAAACUAUAAAACCCGAUGAUAAAACAAUAGAAAAACCAUCAACACUUGUAUAAACGAAAACAAUAGCGUGAAUCAGUUUUUUGUUGUAAGUAAUUUUCUGGUAUCCAUUCCCUCAUGACUUUUUUUUUUAUAUAAUUUUCAAGUCUGGUUCUCAUUGCAAAAUUCUCCAUGUCUUGUUUUAGGAUCACUUAAACCUCCGUCAGUCGUAUUCCUAUAAACCGAUACGAAAACCCAAACAAAAAAGGCAACUGUGAUUUUUUAUACAUUUCUUUCUCCUUCUCCUCCUCCUCCUCCUGUUUAUCUCGUACAUUAAUUUGUCUCAUGGAAUAUCAACAAAACUCUUAACUAAAAAUAUUAAAAAAAACAAAGCGCAAACUGAGUGCAAAUAGUCAUUCUGUAUAUAGCUCUCUCUAUCUAUCUAUCUAUCUAUCUACCUCUCUAUCUCUCUAUCUAUCUCAAUUUAUGUCUUUCUCUGGCUCAUUAUCAUUAUUAUUAUUGUUAUCGCCGCCUCGAAGACUCAAGGUGCCCAACCACUGACCAAAUCAUACGAGUGAUUCAGGUGGCCGCGAGCUGCCCUUUCCCGUCCCUCACCCCCGGCCCCUCGUAUAAUGCCUGGAGGGGCGGGCGUGCCUGGGCGGGGCGGGCUGGCGUGGCGUGCCUGGGUCUGGCUGUUCCUCGUUCGACCUUUAUGUGUGUCCGUUGUGGCGCCGGUCUGUGUCCCGACGCCGGUGUCUUGUGGUGGUCUGUGUCCUCAACAGCCGCCGACAAUAAACGGUCUAAAAAGA